AGAAGCUCUUUUGCGUAGCGCAUCUGUAUGCUCGGAAACACGGCGCUGGGGUGUGUUUGUGUGCGGCGUUCUGGCGAUGUGUCAGAGAGAUCCGCUGGCUUUAUUCUCACACGGUCCCGUUUUAUCUGCCCGACCUUUUAAAGUAAUCUGCUUUUAGAUUUUCUUUACGAAUGCAGUGUGUGGGGCAUAGAGUUCCACCCACAUAUAACACAUUAGAGAAGUAGCCAAAUCAUUCAGAGUUCAGUGGCUUCAAGAAAAGCAUGGCACAGAUAGAGGAAACCCACACUGAGGGGGAGAGCAGCCCUCAGAUGGUCUCCGUAAGAUCAGAUGUGUCAGCGAGCCAGGGGAACGAUGGAGAAGCGGGGCCAUCUAUGAGGAGGAAGAGGAAGAAGAAGAAAGAGCCACGUCCCGAGUCCAUCAUUGUGUAUCGCUCCGACAUCGAGAGAGCACCAGGAGAGGAGCAGAGCGGUGAGGAGGGAGGAGAAAGGAGCACAGAGGAGGGGGCAAAGUUCCUGGGAACACCUACAGGAGAAGGAGGGGACUGGAACCUUCCUCCAGACAGCCGGUACGUGACCCUUACCGGCACCAUCACUCGAGGAAAGAAGAAGGGCCAGGUGGUGGACAUUCACGUCACUUUGACAGAGAGGGAACUCAGGGAUCUGGCCAAGUCGAGGGAGCGUCUCAACGCAGAGUGCGAGGCAGGGGAAGGGUCCAAACGUAGCUGUACCUUCGGAGUGUGCCAGGGACCCCACGUGGUGCUGUGGAGCAUCUCCUGCGCUCCUGUGGUCUUCCUCCUUUCCUUCAUCACCUCCUUCUACUACGGCACUCUCACCUGGUACAACGUCUUCCUAGUGUACAACGAGGAGCGGACGUUCUGGCACAAGAUCACCAUUUGCCCCUUUCUCAUCAUCUUCUACCCCGUGCUCAUCAUGCCAGUGGCGCUGUCUCUGGCGCUGUACUCAGCCGUGGUGCAGGUGUCCUGGGCCUUCAGCGAGUGGUGGCAGGUGGUGCGGGACCUGGAGAAAGGCUUUUGCGGCUGGGCCUGUGGGAAGUUGGGUCUGGAGGACUGCUCGCCUUACAGCAUCGUGGAGUUGCUCGACUCCGACACGGUUUCUGGGACUCUGCAGAGCAAGGCACCCAGUGAGCUCGCCCAGACGUCAUCGGUUUGAGGGAGCAGACUGUGGCAUUGUGGCACAUGCGGUGCUUGCAGUGGUAUUCGUAGGCUUUUUUUUAACAUUUUGUCAGGUUACGACCACAAACUUCAAUGUAUUUUAAGUUUUAUUUGUUAAAAACAAAUAAGGCCAACUUUUGUUGCACUUAAAUCUGCAGAUCUUUUAGUAAUAUCAUCUUUAUUGUCAUUGAAACAUACAUUACAACGAAAUUUGUUCUCUGCUUUUAACCC